GUGCAAACAGCCUUUGCCUUUGUUUUGUUUUUUUUGUAUUUUCCGCUUUGUCUAAUUCGCUUUCACGUUCCAACCGAAAAAAACAGCCUUAACUUUUUUACAAAGCCAAGCUCGGUUGGCUGCAUUUAAAACGAAAUAAAAAAUACAUUGUUCGCCUUAACUACAUUGUUCUUUUGCAUCCCACAUCUUUUUUCUUUGUUACUUCGGCCUUCUUCAGUCUGAGCACAACUGCCAUUCGACCUCGUAUUUGUUUUUCUUUUUUCUCCGAAUAUUUGUUUGGUUCAUCUUUUUUAUUGUUAAAUGUCUGUUGUCAGUUCCACUGAACACUGGUCCUUUGAGAACCUCACACAAAGUAUAGAUUCUGGAUACCCAUUACUAAGCAGCACCAACAAUCAAACUCUCAAACAACAACAGCAGCAGCAGCAGCAGCAGCAGAAUCAUAAUCCACCGCUGUCAUUAGUUAUCAGUUUGGAGCUGCGAAACACACACGGCAACACUAUACUUUACCGCUCGCCCAGCACCUCUAGCUCCCACGCGCUCCAGUUUCAGCGGAAACAACAGGCACAGCGUCCAAACUCUUACUCCUCAGAAACAUUCUCCAUACACACUUAUCUUCAGCAACAGCAGCAGCAGCAACAGCAGCAUCAGCAUCAGCAUCCGGCGAUCUACCCUCAGAAGCAACACAGCGUCGCCAUGUUUGCGACAGCAGAAGCCAACCGCCAGCAAUACCGCAAUGUCAGCAGCAGCACGAGCGUAAACUGCCCGAUUCCAUCACAGUCGUCCGGAGAUUAUUCAGAAUUGACGCCACGCAGCUCGGUCUACAGCGAAAAAGCCAUUUUUGCAGGCAUCUCCAGUGCAUCGCCCACCGCUCCGGCAGCGGUAGCAGUGGCACAGGCGAGGCAGCUGGACGGCUCGCGCGAGAAAAUGCAUCGGCCAAGUAUGAGCGAGGGAGUGCGGCCGCAAAGUAUAGUCGCCCUGUCAUCUGCUGGCGCGCAGAGAGGUACCACCACGCCAAAUACAGCCGCCGUCUCCCCGUCUGGUCAGCAGCACUGGUCCCCUCAGCCCAAAUUUUAUCCGACGCGGGGCAGCAGCCUGGGAGUAUCCCCCAGCAGCGAGCUUCCAGCAGCACACAACGACGGUCGUGGGAACAGCAACACAUUCACUGUCGAUACGCUCUCUCGCAAGUCAUAUGCGCUGCCUGAGACCAGCAACUCGACGCCACAGAAUGCGUUGGAGUACUCGCAGUGGCAGAGGAUCCGCAUCGAGCGCGACUACUCGAUGGGAGUUUCCAGGCAGUUUACAGUCAAGGUGCCCGAUCAGUUGGUGGGCAAAAUUGACGAGCGGCGGUUCAAAAAGUUUGUCCGUCACGUGAAUAAGAUGCUGGCCGAGGCCGAGGGCGCGACAGUGAGGAAUGUGCUCGAGGGGUGUUUGGCAUUUGCUACGCUUUACCUGUCGACCCUGGUUAUCAAACCGCAUUUCAGGAAAACUAUUGAUCGAAUCUCAGCGCUGGUCCGCCGGGAGAACGAAGUGUUGUUCCGCCCGGCUGGCUUCUUGGCAAUUGAUCCUAAGCAGACAGCGUAUAUGUUUAUCGAAAUCGUGCCGCUUUAAAUAUAUACAUAGGCUAUUUUUUGUUUUUGCACUUACACCUGCACUUGUACUUGAAACAAGAACCAUUUUAACAUAUUUGCAUAAAAUUACUUUUUGGCAUAUAUCACGCAGGUACAG